GCCACGCGAUUGGCUGCGCUGGACGCAGUAGGAUACUUCCUGGAAUGUCUGCAACCCAACGUUCCUCCAGGUCUGUUUCACUGGAAAAGUGGUGGUCGUGAUUCUCUUUUUAUUCGAAAUGUAAUUAAUAGACUCGGAAUGGUUGGCGUGUCUGAACUGUAACGCAAGCAAGGAUGCUAUACCCGUUUUCUUGAUACCAGUCUUCUACGCAUGCCAAAGAAGUCUUUCGUGUACGGUGCUCAAAACAGAUAUUGGAAAUCAAAAGCCAUUCAACAUGACAACAGAAACAUUGGUGAAGGAUAUUAAACCAGGCUUGAAAAACCUCAAUCUUAUAUUCAUUGUUCUGGAAACAGGCCGGGUUACCAAGACUAAGGAUGGCCAUGAAGUGCGGACAUGUAAAGUAGCCGACAAAACCGGCAGCAUAAACAUCUCUGUGUGGGACGAUGUUGGCAACCUCAUCCAACCAGGAGAUAUCAUCCGACUCACCAAAGGGUAUGCAUCUGUUUUCAAAGGCUGCCUGACCUUGUACACUGGACGUGGAGGAGACUUGCAGAAAGUUGGAGAGUUUUGUAUGGUUUACUCAGAAGUGCCAAAUUUCAGUGAGCCAAACCCAGAAUAUGUCGCCCAGCAGUCACAAAACAAAAAUACACAAAAUGACAACGCAGCGCCCACAGCCUCCCAAACCACACCAGGGCCUUCCACGUCAUCAGCAGUCACUGACAACCAGAAUGGCAACGGGUUGAUCACCACUGGAUCUGGCAGCUCCACCCACACACCUAGUGCCCCCUCUCACCCCACCAGCGGCCGCAUCACCCGGAGCCAGCCCAACCACCAGAGCGGAAGCUCAUCGGGGUCGUCUUCUAACCCAGUCAGCAAUGGCAAAGAGACACGGCGAAGCAGCAAGAGAUAACAAGCACAGGAUUUGGGGUUGCUUUUCUGUCCCUUCCCUCCACUGCCUGCUGUGUUAACCUUUCUUUGCCUCCUGCUGAUCAGCUUUAAGGCAGAGCAGCUGACACCGAGAAGAGACGGGUGGCCAGGCUAUGGAUGCAGAGACUCUGAAUUGUACGAAACCAAUUUGUAUUUUAGCCACUGAAAUGUCCUUUUAAACAUGCGAUGCCAAGUCCCGGGUGAGGGUCUUCGGUGAGUUUAUGCUGAUAAUCCCAGGUCAAACUUGUUCUUUUCAGAAUUCCUGGAUAAUCUCACUCUUUGCAGGAAAUUAACAUGUCUGCCUGACCAUCCUUUAACCUGAUGGCGUUUCAUUGCUCCCUUUUAACUUCCCAGAUGACAUGUUCCUGUGCUACAGGCGCAUGCGUCCUUGAUUUUAACUCCCUUC